CAUAUGAGGGCAUGAAUGAAGCUGAAGGACUCAUUCCUUGCUUCUCAUAGUCAACAGAGGAAGAGCUCAGGUUGGCUUGAAAGCAGGAAGAGAUUGCCUGUCUUCCAGCCAAAUCCAGCCUCCAAAAUGAUCCAGGUUCUCUUGGUAACUAUAUGCUUAGCAGUCUUUCCUUAUCAAGGGAGCUCUAUAAUCCUGGAAUCUGGGAACGUGGAUGAUUAUGAAGUCGUGUAUCCACGAAAAGUCACUGCAUUGCCCAAAGGAGCCGUUCAGCCAAAGUAUGAAGACACCAUGCAAUAUGAAUUUAAAGUGAAUGAAGAGCCAGUGGUCCUUCACCUGGAAAAAAAUAAAGGACUUUUUUCAGAAGAUUACAGCGAGACUCAUUAUUCCCCUGAUGGCAGAGAAAUUACAACAAACCCUCCGGUUGAGGAUCACUGCUAUUAUCAUGGACGCAUCCAGAAUGAUGCUGACUCAACUGCAAGCAUCAGUGCAUGCAAUGGUUUGAAAGGACAUUUCAAGCUUCAAGGGGAGAUGUACUUUAUUGAACCCUUGAAGCUUCCCGACAGUGAAGCCCAUGCAGUCUACAAAUAUGAAAACAUAGAAAAGGAGGACGAGGCCCCCAAAAUGUGUGGGGUAACCGAGACUAAUUGGGAAUCAGAUGAGCCCAUCAAAAAGGCCUCUCAGUUAAAUCUUACUCCUCAUGAAAAAAGAUUCAUUGAGCUUGUCAUAGUUGCGGACCACAGAAUGUUCACGAAAUACGAAGGUGAUGAAACUGAGAUAUGUUCAAGAAUAUAUGAAAGUGUCAACGCUUUAAAUGUGAUUUUCAGAGCUUUGUAUAUUAGUAUAGCUCUGAUUGGCGUAGAAAUUUGGUCCAGUGGAGAUUUGAUGUCCGUGACAUUAUCAGCAGAUGAGACUUUGGAGUCAUUUGGAGAAUGGAGAAGAAGACAUUUUCUGAAGCGCAAAAGACAUGAUAAUGCUCAGUUACUCACGGGCAUGAUCUUCAAUGAAAAAAUUGAAGGAAGGGCUUACAAAAAGAGCAUGUGCGACCCGAAGCGUUCUGUAGGAAUUGUUCAGGAUCAUAGAAGUAGAUAUCAUUUUGUUGCAAAUAGAAUGGCCCAUGAGCUGGGUCAUAAUCUGGGCCUUCAUCAUGACAGAGAUUCCUGUUCUUGCGGUGCUAACUCAUGCAUUAUGUCUGAGACAGUAAGCAACGAACCUUCCAGUCGGUUCAGCGAUUGUAGUGUUAAUCAAUAUUCGAGUGAUAUUAUUAAUAUUCAUCGUUGCCUUUACAAUGAACCCUCGAAGACAGAUAUUGUUUCACCUCCAGUUUGUGGCAAUUACUAUGUGGAGGUGGGAGAAGAUUGUGACUGUGGCCCUCCUGCAAAUUGUCAGAAUCCGUGCUGCGAUGCUGCAACCUGUAAACUGAGACCAGGGGCGCAGUGUGCAGAAGGACUGUGUUGUGACCAGUGCAGAUUUAUAGAAGAAGGAAAAAUAUGCCGGAAAAGAAGGGGUGAUAAUCCGAGUGAUCACUGCACUGGCCGAUCUGCUGAGUGUCCCAGAAAUGCCUAAACAACAAUGGAGAUG